AUGAAUAACGCAGCAGAAAUCCUAAAGUCAGUCCAGAUUGGUUUGGACGUCGCCAUAUUUCUCCUUAACACUGAUCGUGGCCUACAAGCGACCGAGUUAUGUAAUGAAUGUUUAUUUCUACUUCACAAACUUCCCUCUGGUAUUGACCUUGACCAUGAUAUCUCUGAUGUAUUAUUCAAUGCGUUCUACGCCACUUCUGGUUACACAGAUGCAGCACGAUACACCACAAAACUUAUUAACAAGUUUUUCCUCGCUGGAGAACUAACCAUACAACUGGAAGACAAAUACAAGGCAAAAUGUUGGUUUGCAGAGGCAAAGCAACUUUGUGUGUUUAAAUCCCUUGGCGAAUAUCAGAAGGCCAAAGAAUAUUACGAGAAAGCAAUUGCCAUCGCGAUAGAAAUCGGCGACAGAAAUGGAGAAGGACCAACAUACGGGAACCUCGGAGGUGUGUUUCAAUCCCUUGGCGAAUAUCAGAAGGCCAAAGAAUAUUACGAGAAAUCACUUGCCAUCGCGAUAGAAAUCGGCGACAGAAAUGGAGAAGGAAGAAGAUACGGGAACCUCGGAGUUGUGUUUCAAUCCCUUGGCGAAUAUCAGAAGGCCAAAGAAUAUUACGAGAAAGCAAUUGCCAUCGCGAUAGAAAUCGGCGACAGAAAUGGAGAAGGAACAACAUACGGGAACCUCGGAGUUGUGUUUCAAUCCCUUGGCGAAUAUCAGAAGGCCAAAGAAUAUUACGAGAAAGCAAUUGCCAUCGCGAUAGAAAUCGGCGACAGAAAUGGAGAAGGAAGAACAUACGGGAACCUCGGAGGUGUGUUUCAAUCCCUUGGCGAAUAUCAGAAGGCCAAAGAAUAUUACGAGAAAGCAAUUGCCAUCGCGAUAGAAAUCGGCGACAGAAAUGGAGAAGGAACAAGAUACGGGAACCUCGGAGUUGUGUUUCAAUCCCUUGGCGAAUAUCAGAAGGCCAAAGAAUAUUACGAGAAAGCACUUGCCAUCACGAUAGAUAUCGGCGACAGAAAUGGAGAAGAAAGAACAUACGGGAACCUCGGAG